UGCUCCAAUACUUGCGGAGCACGCGAUUCCGUGUAGUCUCUUGAUGUCUAAAACACCUAAGGAGACAGCACACGCGGCCAUCCCGCAGUCGAAGGCCAUUCAGCUGCGAUGUCUACCCGCGCGGCUGGGUCCCGCGUUGAAGAGUCUCACGCUGAAGGACGACAACAUUUCAUUCGACACCAUCCCGGCAUCUACCGAGUGGGCGCGGCGGCAAUGGAAAUAUUUCGUGCACCUGCGACAGGAUCGUAGCAUUUUCGCCCGGAAGAAGUCGCCGUCUUGUAUCAAAACAUUUAUGUAAUAGACUGACGUGCGCCUGAACAUGCGCAUUCUGUCCUCAUCUGUCACAAAAAGACAUUUGAUACCAUGAAUGCUCGUAUCAAAACCUACAUGCUCGUGCCAGAGUUCAGCUAUCCGCCUGGGCAACGGAUAGCUCUGGGCACAGUGCUCUCGCUCAGCGACGCCACAAAAUUACCUGACAUCGACGAUCCGCUGGAGAUGUGCGUGCCUGUAGCGGAAGAUCGUAUCACGCAACAACUUCAGCGACCGUUCGAAUGGAACAGCGAUGACGCGACAACCACGGCGGCGGGCGCUACUGCAGAUUUGUCGUUCUUCACCGGCGUGGGCGCAGGCGUAAAGGGCGAACAUCACACCUCGCUCGGUUUGAAGAUCAGCAGUGAACUCGUUACGAAGACCUGGUUCAAGCCUACGCCGCAAGAAUUGACGAAGUUUCUAUCCGAUCCUGCGGUCUUUGAAACGCUCCAGGAGCGAUCGCGACCACCGUUGUAUCUCGUGACGGGUCUGAUGGUCGCCGGCGGUGCAACAAUCGAAGACAGAGCGGGACAGCGUCGAGGCGGAGGAGCACAUGCGAACGCCGAUCUUACAGCGCUUCAGGCGCCCCUCAAUCUGGGCGUGGAGGGAGAACGAAGCCGGACCACGAACACCAGCGGCAGGACUACCAUUGAAGGCGAAUUUAUCCUCGCUUAUAAGCUGUUACGUUUCAAGAAGAGGUUUUUCGGAAAAGUUGAGCAGAAGACGGAGACAAAAUGGGCACUGUUCCAUGAUACGGUACCGACGGAAGGAGCGGUCACUUUGGACGAGUAUCUCGACGACGACGAUCUCGAAGACAUAUUGGUUGGUGGUGAUGGCAGAUGACGCUGUAGGCUUUCGUUGGUCGAGUUUGCACGUAUUUGUUGAUUUUCCUGAAAUACUGAUCGCGACCUCGGAAAGCAUGCUCCUUCCCGAAUGUCAAAAUUCGGCACAUCCGAAUGUAUCAAGAGAGUCGAGUCAUGCGUCGAUAGCCUCAAGAAGGCUCUCGAUGAUUGACAUCGCCGUCCUGUUCUUAUUGAAGACCGUCCAAGGCGUCAGAUAGUCGUAGCCGUCUCGAGUGUUUUCCCCCUCGACCAUGAGCCGUAGGACGCUCGCCAUGUUACUAGCCUUUCCAAGAACGUUGAGUUUGGCUCGAUAGUCGUCCCGUCUCUCAUCGAUGCUCUGAUCUGAUUGAUCCAUGUGCCUGUGCGCAGCGAUGUACUUGUCUUCACUGCGUCUCAGCACGGAAAUGAUGACUGCAACAAUCGCAGCGCAGACAGGCGUUGCGGUCGAAGUACCCGACUUCCUGAUUAC